GCCCUUGGCUUCCUCCUGGUCUCUUUAGAUAGAGGCAAAAAAGAGCUCAUGCCGCUCCUCCCUCUCCUCUCUCUUGCGCGUCACCUUCGCUUGGGCUUCUACCGCGAGCUUUCUCCACCUCGAUCCCCUUGAAUUCACCGUCUCAGAUCGCUUCGAUCGGAAUUCGAGCCGAGGGAGGAGGCGCAGUGGAGAAUGAUCGAGCGUUUGCUUCUAGUUGGGGUUUGAUCCGCGGUUCGUGUGUGAAAGAAAGCAGAAAAGAGGAUCUUGGUUACUUACGUGGUUUACCCAUGUCGGUGUUUCAUGGGUCGAUGAAAGGGGCGCCGGAGGAAGCACUGAUGGGUUCCCAGCUUAAACGGCCCAACGUUCCUCGAGUGGAUCCGUCUAUGCAAACCCAUAUGGCGCUGGCAUCAGCAGCAAGUAAUACUCCCAAACUCACCACUAACGAUGCCCUAGCCUAUCUCAAGGCCGUGAAGGAUAUAUUUCAAGACACAAGGGAAAAAUACGAUGAAUUUCUUGAGGUCAUGAAGGACUUCAAGAGCCAGAGGAUUGACACUAAUGGGGUCAUCAUGAGGGUGAAGGAAUUAUUUAAAGGUCAUCGCGAUCUGAUAUUGGGCUUUAACACCUUCUUGCCAAAGGGAUAUGAAAUUAAGUUACCGGAAGAAAAGAAACCAGUUGAAUUUGAGGAAGCAAUCGAUUUUGUCAACAAAAUUAAGAAUCGUUUCCAGAAUGAUGAUCACGUUUACAAGUCAUUCUUAGAUAUUCUGAAUAUGUAUCGAAGGGAGAAUAAGUCAAUCCAUGAGGUCUACCAGGAGGUAGCAGCUCUCUUUCAGAAUCAUCAUGAUUUACUCGAGGAGUUCACACACUUUUUGCCUGAUGCCUCUGCAACAUAUGCGCCACAUCAUGCAUUUUCUGGUCGAGGCUUUGUGCAACGAGAUGACAGGAGCUCUUUGAUGCCUACAGCAAGGCAUAUUCAUGGGGAUAAGAGAGAGAGAUCUUAUACGUCACAUGCCGAUCGCGAUUUUAGUGUUGAUCAUCCUGAUACAGAGCAUGAUAGGCAGAGAAGGCAUGCAGAAAGGGAAAAGGAUAGGAAGGAAGAUAGGGACAAGAGAGACCGUGAACGGGAUGAGAAGGAUAUAGAGCAUGAUAGUGGAGAUUUAGAUGAGGCAAAUAGAAGGCAUAAAUUUCAAUCUAGAAGAAUGGAUGACUCUGUUGCUGAGCCAAAGCAGCAAAGGGGUGACUGUACCGAGAAUAUUGGCACGUAUAGCAUUUCAGUUUCAUCAUCUGAUGAUAAGAAUGCUUUGAAGAGUGUGUAUACCCGAGAAUUUAACUUUUGCGAGAAAGUCAAGGAGAAGUUGCACCCUGACACUUACCAGGAAUUUUUGAAAUGCCUUCACAUAUACAGCAAAGAGAUAAUAAACAGAACGGAGUUAAAGAAUCUGGUAAGCGAUAUCCUUGGAAAGCAUCUGGAUCUCAUGGAAGGCUUCAAUGAAUUUUUGGCCCAUUGUGAAAAUAUAGAUGGAUUUCUCGAAGGUGUAUUCAACAAAACUAGGCCAAUUAAGAUAGAGGACAGAGACAGAGAAAGGGAGCGGGACAUGGAUGAGCAGAAGGAUUCUGAAAGGGAGAGAAAUAAUGAAAGGGAAAGAGUUGACAAAGGUGCUCUGUACAAUUCUAAGGAGGGUGCUUCACACAAGGCUACUUUCUUCUCAAACAAAGAAAAAUAUAAUUUAUGGAAACCAAUUUCAGAGCUUGAUCUCUCAAAUUGUCAACGUUGUACCCCAAGUUACCGUCUUCUGCCGAGAACUAUGAUGACUUGA